AUGGAAGCCUCCUCAUCGUCGCCAUCGGAAGGUGAAAUCCGCCAGCUUAUCGAAGGGGAGCUGCUCCGAACUCUGGAAGCCACUGGGCGAGUGCCAAAUUCGCUCCAUUUUGCCAACCACUUCCAGGUCGACCAUGCCGUCGUGGUUUCCGUGCUGAAGAAACUGGAGUCGCACGGGGUCAUCAACGCCGUCGUGGUGGAGGUGAGCAGCACCGAGCUCACAAAGGAGGGCUUGGAGGUGGUGGAGGCCGGUUCUCCCGAAGCCCGUCUGUUCGAGGCCAUUGAUGCCGCAUCAGGUACUCUCAAGGCCGACACAGAGAAACUGCCCUUCGGAAAGCCGGGCUUCUCGGAAGCCAUGAAGAACAAGUGGAUCACGUUCGACAAGGCCAGCGGCAAGCUUAUGCGACAGGCACGCACCGCCAUGCAUGGCACCCCUGUUUGGCUUCACGACAAGCCCCCCCCCCUUCCGCUGGAUGGCCAAGAGUUGACGUGGGUGGUGUGGACGUGUUGCCAGGCCAGCACGAUCGAUGACGUGGUGCGGCAGAAGCUGUGUGGGUUCAAGAACGGGGAGGCGCUGAGCGACAAGGACAAGUUGGUCUUCUCCAAGCGUAAGCUGCUGAGGGACGUGAAGACCAAGGUCUUCGACCUCUCCAAGGGCGAGUGCUUUAGCGUCACGGGCAUCAAGAAGAAGGCCCUCGAUCUCACCGCCGAAAUGAUCGCCUCGGGGGCGUGGGAGACGGAGACGUUCAAGGAGUACAACUUCAACGCGCUGGGCACGCAGCCGACGUCGGGCCACCUCCACCCCCUCCUCAAAGUGAGGAGCGCCUUCCGCGAGAUCUUCCUGGAGAUGGGCUUCGAGGAGAUGCCCACCAAUUCCUUCGUGGAGAGCUCCUUCUGGAACUUUGACGCCCUCUUCCAGCCCCAGCAGCACCCCGCGCGCGACGCCCACGACACCUUCUUCCUCUCCCAGCCCGCCUCCAUGCUCACCUGGCCCGAGGACUACCUCCAGGCACGGGAGAAGGAGGAGCCUCUGCGUCUGACCACGCAUUUCCUUGGCUCCGCUGCAGCGGGCGGGCUUGGAUCGAUUGGAUGGCGCUACGACUGGAAGCUGGACGAGGCCAAGAAGAACAUCCUCCGCACGCACACCACGUCGGUCUCCUCCAGGAUGCUCUACAAGCUCGGCCAGCAGAAGUCGUUCACGCCCAAGAAGUACUUUUCCAUCGACAGAGUGUUCAGAAAUGAGACGCUGGACGCCACCCACCUGGCGGAAUUCCACCAAAUCGAAGGGCUCGUGGCCGAUUACGAUCUUACGCUCGCCGACCUGAUCGGAGUCAUUACCCAGUUCUUCCAGAAGUGGGGCUUGACGCAGCUGCGCUUUAAGCCGGCCUACAAUCCCUACACGGAACCGAGCAUGGAGAUCUUCGCCUUCCACCCCGGCCUAAAGAAGUGGAUUGAGAUCGGAAACUCGGGCAUGUUCAGACCCGAGAUGCUGCUCCCCAUGGGCCUCGAUCCCAACAUUAAAGUCCUCGCCUGGGGCCUGUCGCUGGAAAGGCCAACGAUGAUUCGCUACGGGGUGAAGAACAUCAGAGACCUGGUUGGGCACAAGUGCUCGCUCGACUUUAUGCGCACCAAUCCCAUCUGUGAUCUGCAGCUCGAUGACAAGUACGACGCCUCGGCCUUCGUGCGGCCUAACGAGCAGCAGUAA